AUGAUUUUCCUACCAGUAAAACUCGCCUUCCUCACUUUUUCCAGUAUUCCAUCAUUCAUCGCAAUUCAUGCAGCUCCUGUGAUAAGUUUUAUCUGUGAAUUCCUUCUUCUAUCACUUCAUAUCACCCGAAUGAUGUUAUCAGUCAGCUUCUUAUGGAUGUGGGAAUUGGCGAUAAACACUGAAUUAUUGGAUUUUCUUGGUAUAAUUAUUUCAAUUGUUAUAUCUACCAAAGUUCUUUUGCAUAUUUUUUCUUAUGAAAUAGUCUUCACUUUCAAUUCGGAAGAAUACGAGCAGCAAGUUGACUUGAAUUGAUGCUUUAAGAAAUAGCAUACGAUGAUUCAAAUGGGUUGUAUCUACGGGAGCCAUGUAUUAAUGCAAUAAAUGAUUUUCAAACAAAAUUUUAUAGAAUAAAAUGAAAAACUAG